UUAAAGCCACACAAUAACAACUUGAUUGUUGUUACUUGCUUACUUCUUCUUCUUCAAAUUUGGCUUAAAAUUGUUCGAAGCGUUUCUUAAAACUUAUCAAAACGCUUUUUUUCAAAAUGUCUAAAGGAGAUAAAUUAUUAUGUUAUAACCGUGGCUGUGGAAAGCAGUACAUAGAAAGUGAAAAUUUCGAAGAUGCGUGCCUUCAUCAUACAGGAGUGCCUGUCUUUCACGAUGCCUUAAAAGGUUGGUCUUGCUGCUCAAGAAGAGUUACAGAUUUUACUGAAUUUCUCAACAUGGCUGGAUGCACCAAGUCUAGACACUCCAACAUCAAGCCAAUAGACCCUGAAGUAAAGCUAUCACCUGUAAAAGUUUCACCUAAAUGCUCAACAACAACACAUCGUAAAGCCCAACCACAAGAAAGUGAACCUCGACCACGUGAUGAUCUUCCAUUUCAAAGAGUAAAAUAUAAGAUUACUGAUUCACUAAAGAAAUUGUUGGAGAAACAGGAUGAAGAAAUUGUUGAAAAUGAAGAAAAUUUGGAACCUGGAGUGAUAAAGAUAGGAACUGUAUGCAAAAAUAAUGGAUGCAACAGUGUUUAUACGUCUGAAAAAUCUAACAGUGAAAUUUGCAUCUAUCAUCCCGGUGUACCUGUCUUUCAUGAAGGAUACAAAUUUUGGAGUUGUUGCCUACGAAAGACUAGUGACUUUGAUGAAUUUUUAAAACAAGAAGGUUGCACUACUGGCUCACAUCUCUGGUUUCAAACAGACGAGCAAAAGAAGAAAGCAGUCAACUGCAGAUUUGACCACUAUCAAAUGGGAGGCUUUGUGGUGAUUACAGUUUAUGCAAAGCUUUGUAAUCCUAAGAAAUCUUUAGUUGAAACCAAUUUAACGGGUCUCAAAGCUUCUCUAGUGUUUGGUGGUUCAUCUACAUUUAAUAUAGACAUCAAAUUACAUGGGGUCAUUGAUCCUGAAAAGAGCUUAGUGACAUUCUCACCAACGAAGGUUGAAAUAAAACUGAAGAAAAAGCAUGCUUCCAAAUGGCCAAGUCUUGAAUUGAAGAGUGAUCAAAAAAAAUCAAGCUGAUGGCUAUGUAAAGAAUUGUCCGAGCAGAUGGUCAAAAAUGGAGUCCAGCCAAACACAAUCCAAGCUAAAUAUCAGCUAUUCCUUAUAUGUAUUAGCAAUAAAUAAUUGUAUCUUUUUGUAAAGCUUUAAUUUUGCCUAAUGUAAAUAUACGUAAGUUGCUUGAAAAUGAAACAAAAAAUUGCUUUUAA